UCUAGCCUCCAGUGUCUGUCUCCAGGAUUUCUCUCUUCCUAUUUCAGGAGGACUCUCACAGGCUCCCUCAGCCUGUGUGAAGCUGAGGUUUCCCCUGGAUCCCGUAUAUCCCCAACACAUACCUCCACGCACACACAUCCCCGAGAACCCCGCGCUCACACCGCCACACACUCGCGCGCGCACACACCCGCGGUCGCCGGUCCAUCUCCUUCCCGGGAGAGCCGGCGCGCGUUCCCAUCUCCGCCGCACACCCGGGCGAGCCGAGCUCGCAGCGCGCUAGGAUUCUGCGGCUCUCAACUCGGAUCUCAGCUCUCGACUCCCAUGGUGUUUCCUUAAACAUUUCUUUUCCUCCUCUCGUUUUUUAUUGCACCCUUCUCGAACUGGGGGACUAGAGGAGCGAGGCGGCUGCUUUCCCAGCCAGCCUGGUUGGCUUGCCAUCCUCCAUCAGGCUUAUAAAAGUUUGCUGAGCGCAGUCCAGAGGGCUGCGCUGCUCGUCCCCUCGGCUGGCGGAAGGGGGUGACGCUGGGCAGCGGCGAGGAGCGCGCCGCCGGCUCUGGCGGGCUUUCGCCUAGAGGGGCAAGGUGAAGAGCGCACGGGUCCCGGGGUUUGCCGAGCUGGAUUUGCAUGUUGCACCAUGCCUUCUUGGAUCGGGGCUGUGAUUCUUCCCCUCUCCGGGCUGCUGCUGUCCCUCCCGGCAGGGGCGGAUGUGAAGGCUCGGAGCUGCGGCGAGGUCCGCCAGGCGUACGGUGCCAAGGGAUUCAGCCUGGCGGACAUCCCCUACCAAGAGAUCGCAGGGGAACACUUACGAAUCUGUCCUCAAGAGUACACGUGUUGCACCACGGAAAUGGAAGACAAGUUAAGCCAGCAAAGCAAACUGGAGUUUGAAAACCUGGUGGAAGAGACGAGUCACUUCGUACGCACCACUUUCGUGUCCAGGCACAAGAAAUUUGACGAAUUUUUCCGAGAGCUCCUGGAGAAUGCAGAAAAGUCACUAAAUGAUAUGUUUGUACGGACCUAUGGAAUGUUAUACAUGCAAAAUUCGGAAGUGUUCCAGGACCUCUUCACAGAGCUGAAAAGAUACUACACGGGGGGCAACGUGAAUCUGGAGGAGAUGCUCAACGACUUCUGGGCUCGCCUCCUGGAACGGAUGUUUCAGCUGAUCAACCCACAGUAUCACUUCAGCGAGGACUACCUGGAAUGUGUGAGCAAAUACACAGACCAGCUGAAGCCAUUUGGAGAUGUCCCCCGAAAGUUGAAAAUUCAGGUGACCCGCGCCUUCAUUGCUGCACGGACAUUCGUCCAGGGGCUGACCGUGGGGAGAGAAGUUGCAAAUCGAGUUUCCAAGGUCAGCCCCACCCCAGGGUGCAUCCGUGCCCUCAUGAAGAUGCUGUACUGCCCGUACUGUCGAGGACUUCCCACCGUGAGACCCUGCAACAACUACUGCCUCAACGUCAUGAAGGGCUGCCUGGCGAAUCAGGCUGAUCUGGACACGGAGUGGAACCUCUUUAUAGAUGCAAUGCUCUUGGUGGCAGAGCGACUGGAAGGACCAUUCAACAUUGAGUCGGUCAUGGACCCCAUAGACGUCAAGAUCUCUGAAGCCAUUAUGAAUAUGCAAGAAAACAGCAUGCAGGUGUCUGCAAAGGUCUUUCAGGGAUGUGGCCAACCCAAACCUGCUCCAGCCCUCAGAUCUGCUCGCUCAGCUCCUGAAAAUUUUAACACACGGUUCAGGCCUUACAAUCCUGAGGAGAGACCAACCACUGCGGCAGGCACGAGCUUGGACCGGCUGAGGAUUGUGUGGAGGACAAUGCAACAUAGUGUCACAGACAUAAAAGAGAAACUGAAGCUCUCUAAAAAGGUCUGGUCGGCGUUGCCCUACACCAUCUGCAAGGACGAGAGUGUGACAGCGGGCACGUCCAACGAAGAGGAAUGUUGGAAUGGGCACAGCAAAGCCAGAUACUUGCCUGAGAUCAUGAAUGAUGGGCUGACCAACCAGAUCAACAACCCCGAGGUGGACGUGGACAUCACACGGCCUGACACGUUCAUCAGACAGCAGAUCAUGGCUCUCCGCGUGAUGACCAACAAACUAAAGAAUGCGUACAAUGGCAAUGACGUCAACUUCCAGGACACGAGCGAUGAAUCCAGCGGCUCGGGGAGUGGCAGUGGGUGCAUGGAUGACGUGUGUCCUACGGAGUUUGAGUUUGUCACUACGGAGGCCCCCGCCGUGGAUCCCGACCGGAGAGAAGUGGACUCUUCUGCAUCCCAGCUGGGCCACUCCCUGCUCUCAGGCUCUCUCGUCUGCGUUGUCCUGGCCUUGCCGAGACUGUGCAGAUAAUCCUGGGUUUUUUUGGUCAGAUGAAACUGCAAUUUUAGCUAUUUGACCGGCCAACUCACAUCUUUUCUUACACUCUUGGAAGAUGGACCAUGCCACAAAAACUUACCGUUUUCUAUGAGAAGAGGGCAGUACUGCACUCUGCCUCCCUUUUUGUUUUCCCAAAGAGUACCGGGUGCCAGACUGGACUGCUUUCUCCUUCCUUCAGCUAUCUGUGGGGACCUUGUUUAUUCUAGAGAAUUCUUACUCAAAUCUUUCGUACCAGGAGAUUUUCUUACUUUCAUUUGCUUUUAUGCUGCAGAAGUAAAGGAAUCUCACGUUGUGAGUUUUUUUUUUCCCCCAUUUAAAAAAAAUAGGAAGAAAAUAAUUUUCCUUGCAAAAUCAGGCCAAACCCCAAGACAACUGCAUUUUCAACAAAGACGCGAACAAGAGAGAAAAAUAAAAGAGCUUUCACGCUCUAAGUUGGGCAUUAUCAGCCAACUCCCAGUGUAAGCACUUCUGUGACAAAUCGGGUUGAUGAAAUGCUCCUGGGAGAAAGUUGGAACAUUUUUUUAGUGUAGUGAAAAUACACUGUUGUCUUGGAGGUCUUGCACGCUAACCACACAAUGCCAAACUGAUCUGGAGGUACUGAUGUAAAUUUAGAAUUCCAUCUUUAAUAGGAGAGCAAAAUUUGCUACGACUCAGCACCUGUCUCUCACCCUGCCCAAUGUCAAUUUCAGUAAUGGCCCCAUUUUCCUUAAUUCUCUUAAUGUCUGUCCACUGUAUCCAAUUGGCACAGGCUCUUCCCUUCAUGUCCACUCACUAGUGGACCCCUGCACAAAUUCAUCCUCCUCGAGGAUCUGACACGAAAAGAAUCUUCAACAAUACAAUUGCUUGCUUGACGUAAAUUAGAUGUUUCUGCCCCAUGCUCAUUACAGUUCUCAAAGAAGAGUUCUUCUAAUGAACCAAGAAGCAAUUAGAUCCAUAAGUGAGUUUUCCUUUUGACCUAUUUGCUUUAUGUCAAUUGGUUUCUGCGUCACAAGGGCAUUCUCUUGCAAAAUAACUCACAACAAAAAGAGUCAAGACAAAAAAAAUAUAUAUAUAGUAUUGACAUGGAGAUUUCUUUCACUUUUUUAGUCUUAGUAUGAUCAUCUAUUUUUAUAUCUAUAUAUAUAUAAAAAUCACAGAUUUUAACUUCUUAAUUCCAAGCUCAGGGUUGACACACCUUUGUAACGAAAAUGUUUUGUCAACCAGCUCUUCUUGUUUUGUGCUGCUCAGAGAAGGGAUUCCUCAAUGAUCUGUGAGCACCAAGAAUCAAGAAAGAGAAUUUUUACGUAUCUAACUGUCCAUUUAUUAGAAGUUUGCCAGGGCACACCCUUCUCGCAUGAACGUGCUUGUCCUGGGUUCUCCAGACUGUACUGAACUCAUGGGCAGGGCCAUGGGUGUGCAGAACUUUCCCAGUCAUGGAAACUGUAUGCGGAAGGAAUGUGUUAUUCACGCAAAACCAUUGCUUUCAUGUACAACGCCUUCAGCCUAGGAUUCCUGCUUGGCACUUGGAGAAAUGUCCUAAUUCGAGAAGUCAGUUUAGAGCCACAGCCUAACUGAUCCACCAGGUGUGCCAAAGCCAGGUAUUACGCUCCCCCUGACAGAGAGAAGCAAAAUAAACCGAACUGGGGCUUUAUGAAUACAGUUGGCUAUCCAUAUGUUUUUUGGUUUUUAUGAUGCAUCUGAGGUUGGGAAAAAGUAAUGCUUCAAGACACCAUGAUAUGCCAGUCACAUGUUAAUUUACCCAUCGGCAGUAAUGACACGUUAAUGGUAUUUUUCGAUCUCUGUACUCAUCAAGAUUCUAAUUAGUUAUUGAUUUAGUCAUCGCAUUUAAGUAGAACACAUGCGGCACAAUAGUGUUAAGUAUAUUUGAGCACUUUGCAAAACUGGAAAUAUUUAGAAGCAUCUAUUGCUAUUGUAUGCCUAAUGAAAUAUGAAACGUAGGAUUCUAAGAGACUUUGUGGCAUCUUUUCAUUUAAAUCUUCAUGAAAUUAACACUUAGUCUAAGUCAGCAUUACACACUUUCAGAAAGCCAUCCAUUUCACCGCCAAACUUCAGUUGCUUAUCAUCAAUUACACAUAAAACAUCUCUAUGAAGGACCAAUCAUUUGUGUUUUUCAUUUUGUUGUAUGUUCAGAAAUCCAUAUUGUCUUUCUCCAAUAAUUAAGGUGCAAUACAAAUUAAAUCCAUCGAUUUUCCGGAAUAUUUGAGUCAUAACUUGUUUUUAUGGCUUUAAGCUUCAAGUCUUUCCUUUUUAAAGUAUCUCCGCAUUGUUUUCUGUGAACUAGAUCAGAAUGCCUUGUUUUCCCUGUGCUUUCACCCCCGCCAGAAAAAGGUUUUGUGCAUGUGGAUGAAUACACAUUAUAUUAAUGAAUGUGAACCCAUGUUCUGUACACACUAAACACACGGAUAAUAUAUAAACGCCUGCUUCCUUGGUUUCAGCACCUUCAUUAUCAAUGCUGUUUGUACUGGUGAGAUACAGUGAUCCGCGUGAGCCAGGCAGAGAGCUGAGAGGGCUAUCAGUUAAUGAUGCCACAGUAUUACUCACCUGCAUGGAUGUGGCCCAAGUAUCAUUCCCAUUGUAUUUCCUGGUUUUUAUCAUCAUCCUACGCUGUCACAAGAUUUUUCAGACUAAUUUAACAAGAAAAAUUUUUUGUGCCCUAAGGGAAUUUGUUGUAUCUAGUUAACCCAUUUCAGUAAGGACUUUGGACUCUCUCCCUCCCCCUCAAAUUAAUUUCUCUCAUUUUAGCAUAGAGAUAGGGGAUGCAGUGAUGCUCCAUUUUACUUCCUGACCUGCCCUCCCUUGCUUUUCUGUCCCCUGAGUUCUGUAAUCACAUCAUCACCUCUGUUAUGAGUAGAGAGGAACGGGCUCACUGAAAUCAGAUGCUAGAAAUUGUCGGGUGAUACUCAUAACUGCAAACACUUAGCUUAUUGAAGUGCCUCUAUUUACAUGUUCUUUAGUUAUAAUAUGUAUUUUUCUAACAGAAAUACACGUCUGUAAUUGGUGUAUAUUAUCCUUUGUAUGUGUUAUAACAAAAGCUGAACAGAGGCUAAAGUCUUUAGCAGAGAAGAAUGGAUUGCAAAUUCACGAGUUACAGCCCCACCUUAUGGUUCUGUAUUGAAGGACAGCCAUGACAACCUUCCCUUAUUUGAAUGAAGGUCAAGUCGGGACCUUGAUUGGAGCCAUCGUAGAACACCAUUACCACUAGCACUCUGACUCCCUUCCAGUGACUUACCCAGAUCAGUAUCUUGUAUUACCUGCUUUAAUCGUGAGGGAUAGCAAACACUGCUUUGUCUAUGCUGAAAAACGCUAUUAUUCAUUGACAAGUGGUAGUAAUUAUAAAAGUACCAUUCGGUAAAUCAAACACACUGGAAGUAUUAUUGGACGCAGAACCCUGAUAUUUAAUUUAUAUUCCCUGCUGCAGACAUUAGCCUACUCUAAUUCUUUAGCCAUUACAUACAUGUUUUGGCUACACACUGAACACCAACUAAAGUCCCCAAGGAGGAAUUAAAAACUUAGCAAAUUCCUGAGUUGUGAUUCUUUUACUACUUCUCUUUGCAAGGCUAAUUAUCAGGUGGGUCGAGUAAAGGUGGAAGUGUGAGCAAAGGCAAGUUUGGAUGUAUCCAAAACUUGCAGAAAUUCAAACCCGUUUCCAUUUACUUACAGUCACUAAACAAUCUGAAUUUUAGCUUUAAAAAAGGGGGGCGGGGGAAGGGGGCAGUUUAGCUUUGCUAACAGAAGAACGAGACCAUAACUUAAAAAUUUGCAAUGUGUUCCUCCUCGGUGGAGACAUUAGCCAGUGUUUAGUUUUAGGCCAAGUUCUACAAAUGGAGUACUGAUUUUUAUGCAUUUUGGAGCCUCGCUCUAUCACAGUUUGCUACAGCACGGGACUCAGGCUAGCAUGGGGCCGUUUGAACCUCAGUGAGAGUGGAACAGAUACUGGAAUCGUUGACCUUGCCUUGUAAUGAGGUACUUCCAUGAAAAGGCACCUCAAGGUGGCAUCCUUGUGAGGUCUCUGUGUGCAUAUGCAUAAUAUAUACGCAGGACAAAUGUGUGCACCAAUCAAACCUAAAAUUUUAUGUGACUGUCAAAUGAAUAUUAUUUGGAUUAAGAUUUUUCAUUUCUGAUUUGGAUAGAAAAUUGCUAUUAAUCUUGUAUUAAAAUAGUUUUUAAAAAUCAA